CAUUAAUUUCCGGCUCCAACAACGACCUGAAGUCUGAUAUUUACAAAGAAUAUUGUUGAUCACAUAGGAAAAAGAUCAAGAACAAGAAGACGACGGGGACGACUACGACGAAGACGAAGAGGUAAAUGGCUUGCACUUGCAAAUUAGCCAUUGAUAGUAUUCUCAUAGUUCAUGUUAUACUGGGAAUUGUGGUGUCUAUCAUCACAUCUGCCAAGGUUCCGGCGAUUAUAGUGUUCGGAGACUCGUCGGUGGAUGCGGGGAACAACAAUUACAUACCGACGAUUGUGAAGAGCAACUUCGAACCGUACGGUCGAGAUUUUUACGGCGCCGAACCGACGGGCCGUUUCUGCAAUGGCCGUCUUCCAACGGACUUCAUCUCCGAGGCAUUUGGGAUAAAGCCGGUCAUUCCUGCGUAUUUGGAUCCUAAGUUCAACGUCUCCGAUUUUGCCACUGGCGUUUGUUUUGCUUCCGCCGGAACCGGCUUUGAUAAUGCUACCUCCGAUGUCCUUUCAGUGAUACCUCUAUGGAAGGAACUAGAAUACUACAAGGGAUUUCAGAAGGAGCUAAAGGACUAUGCUGGAGAGGAGAAGGCAAAGGAGGUUAUAAGAGAAUCACUGUACCUAAUCAGCAUAGGGACCAAUGAUUUUCUGGAGAACUAUUACUUACUUCCCAAGAGGUCAUCAGAGUACUCUAUUGAAGAGUACCAGAAAUUCUUGCUGGGAAUUGCAGAGAGUUUCAUAGCAGAACUUUAUGAGGUAGGAGCAAGGAAGGUAUCCAUAGCUGGGCUUCCUCCAAUGGGGUGUCUGCCUCUUGAGAGAACCAGAAACUUCAUGUUUGGGAGUGAGUGUGUGAAGGAGUACAAUGAUGUGGCAAGAGAUUUCAAUCACAAGUUACGAGAUUUGGUGUUGGAGAUGAACCAGAACCUCCCUGGGAUUCAGUUUGUCUUUUCAAAUCCUUAUGAUAUCUUGUGGGACAUUAUCCAGAAUCCUGACUUUUUUGGAUUUGAAAAUGUGGCAACAGCAUGUUGUGGGACAGGAUUAUUUGAGAUGAGUUACUUGUGUGAUAAGUUUAAUCCAUUCACUUGUACAGACGCUCAUAAAUAUGUAUUCUGGGAUGCCUUCCAUGUCACCCACAAGACUAAUGCCAUUAUUGCUGAUCAUUUGUUUCAUAAUUAUCUACUUCAAUUUCAACAAUUACCAUAGUAUAGGCAUUGUCCAUAAACAUUUGUUGUAUAUGUGA